GAGUCGUUUUCUAAAGCCACAGCACCGCUCAAUUCAUCCUUAGCGACCGGAGUGGACGAGCUGCUGGACAAGAUGCAGCUUCACUGACAUUUUAGCUUUUAUACUGGAAGACGUUUUUAUUUCCUUUCGUUGUAUUUGUGUGUGUAAUUGUCAUGUAGCGGAGGCCGCAGUGCUGGGAGUCUGUUGCUAGGCGGACAGGAGAAAGCCUGCUUUACAGUGUUAUUGCGUUGUAACAUUGUAACAGGGAGUGUUAAAGACUCACAACGGCGUUUAUUCAAAUCCUGAACAGUGGAUUGUUCACACCUGGAGGAUGGAUACAGAUGGAGGGGAUGGAGGCCUCGAGAUUAAAAUCGCUUCACCAGAACUUUACGACUCGGCCCGGGCAAAAAUCGACGCCAACCUACGCUGGCUGUUUGCCAAAGCUUAUGGUGAAGAUCAUGUGCCGGACGAUUUGAGAGACCCAUUCUACGUGGAUCAGUAUGGUGUCGAGCACAUUAAGCCUCCUGUCCUGGAGCUGCUGCUCUCGGCUGAGCUCUAUUCACGCGUGUGUGCCUUCCUCUCGCUGGGCGAGCAGUCGGCUACGCGCCACACACACCACUCGGUCCUGCAGGUGCUUGCCCGUCAGUCCAUCCACGUCCUGGAGCCUGACGGCACGCCUGUAACGCACCACGACCUCAUUUCUACCCCCAUCAGGAUGAGCUCCCAUAUCCCUCUGAUUGAUGCCCUGAUGCUGGCAUGUACGAUGGAGAUGAUGAGUGUAGAGCAGGUGAUGUCAUGUCUUAAACGCUUUUCCACUUUCUCCCCAACCAAAGAGCUGCAGCGGCCCUUCCACAUGGAAGAGGCCAUGCUCAUCUGGAUCAACAAGGUUAUUUCCAGAACCAGAGAGAUCUGUGAGAAGGAGUUUAAACUGAAACAACAAUUGAUGGACUCACCAUGUCAUCAAAAGUCUCCCUCCAAAUGGUACUGGAAGCUUGUGCCUGUACGUUACCGUAGAGACCACGUGUCCAGCCGUAUUCUCCCUCAUCUGCCAGUAGUAGAGGAUCUGAUGAAAGACCUGUGUGAUGGUGCUGCUUUGCUGGCCGUCAUCCAUUACUACUGCCCUGAAUACAUGAGGCUAGAAGACAUCUGCUUAAAGGAAGUUUUGUCACUUUCUGACAGUGUGUAUAAUAUUCAGCUUCUAAAUGAGUUUUCCAAUGAGUAUCUAAACCACUGUUUGUAUCUACGAACUGAAGACUUGCUAUAUGCUCCAGCAGUGUUAAAGGACAAUGUGAUGGUCUACAUAGCAGAGCUGUUUUGGUGGUUUGAGGUGAUGAAGCCAGAUUUUGUAAAGUCCAAAGAUUUACAAGACAACAAAGAAGUAAGAGCCUUGGCACAGCCGAAGAGCCCCCGCCCUCCCCACAUGUCUGUUUCAAACUUCACAAAGCGUAACUUCUUAAGCUCCUCCCCCUCGGUUGACUCAUUGGUGUCAAGCCCUGUUAAUAACACCUGUAUCAGGUAUUAUCACCCCUUGGAGAAAUCUGCAUCUGUUACCAAAGCAAGUGCCUCCUUCUCACUCCUUUCAAUUAAACAAAGACAACAGAAUCCCGUCCAGGUGGAGGACACAACGGAGUUCAGAAACAGGUCUAGUUCUCUCUCGCGAAUGGAUGGACACAGUCAUGGACCUCGGCUCCCCUGGAUGGAGAGAAGACCAAGACCAGUUUCUCAGUUGGAAAUGGAGUGGGAACGUGUGGGCGGUGAUAACAUCAGCUUAGCGCGCUCCAUCAGCAAAGACAGUUUAGCUUCCAAUGUCAUCUCUAUAACUCCUCGUCACCAUGUCAAUGGCCAGCCUUCCCCAAACUCAGUGCACAACAAUGACAGCGAGAAAAGUGAGGACGAAGAGCUUGAGGUCAUUAUAGGACCUAGGGGGGUGGUUGGGAUCAGAGAUCCCCAGCCAGAGAGCUUCUUCCUGGAGCCGCUGCAGCCGGCUGUUUUACGACCUAAUAAGGAGAAAAUUACGGCGGUCAGUAAACGAGAAGAAAGUGGGGAGGGCCAGAUUCAAAGACGAAGAGAGGGACACUCACCUAUUGACCGCACAAUAAUAAAGCAAAGUUUCACGACUGUUGACACUGUGGAACCAGAAAACAUAAAUUCUUUGCAAUCUGGUGGUUUCUUCCUACAUGGAAACAGUGAGAUUUCACAACAUGGAAAAAAUGAGUGGGUGAAUGAAGCCUCAGAGUCAGAUAUUGAGAAUGAAGAAGAGGAAGAUGAUGUAGAUGAGAAAGAGCUUGAAAGCAUGCUUAUGUAUCAAGAUGAAAAGUGCCCAGGUCACCGACAAGAAGAAGAGUCAACAAAGUUGUGCGAGGAUGUGCGAGUUUGCGAGCAUGGAGAUAAAAAUAGCACCAGUGGACGUUGUAGCCCAUGUCCAAGCUCACUUUCGCAGGGUAGCAGCAACUCUAGUCGUAUGACCAGCUUUGCAGAGCGAAGAUUACACCGCACAGCUUUGCAUGAUGGUUACAGCAGUGUUAGCAGUUCACAUGCUACCACUCCCGAUGGUUCUGAGAGUGGCACCAUGAGUCCUGAUGCAAAAGGAGGCUUGGCCUCCGACCUUGUCCACCUGCGGUUGCAGCUAGAGGCUAAGCGACGUGCCAUUGAGGCGCAAAAGAAGAAGAUGGAGGUGCUGGCGGCACGGCAGAGGCUUCAGCUUGGCAAAGCAGCUUUCCUUAAUGUUGUUAAGAAGGGACACAGCGAUACACUGCCACAUCCUGUCAAGCAGGAAUUAGCGUCAAUAAAAGAAAAGGAAUUGACAAAGGAUGACACAUGUAUGGAGGUGUUGAAGGCCAAGAGCAAGGGAACUGAGAAAAACUUGGAUAAAGAGUCAAGAAAACUGUGGGAGGAUUCAGUUUUACCUGCAGCUACUGAAUUAAAGGGGGAUACUCACAUGGAUGAAGGUGUGGAUGAGGAAGAAGUAGGGGAAGAUUUAGAUCUGAGUGAUUGCAGCCGCUCAAUUGAGCUCUUGAACGAUGCAAUUGGUGUAAUCCAGCAGCAGAUGAUGCAGCUGUCCGUCCAACAGGAACUGCUUAUGAAACAAACCAUGAAGUCUCCAUCGCAGGAAUACACGAUGAAACCACAGUCUCCUGAGGUCAAGCCCCGAUCAUCUGUGCAGUUUUUAGAUAUGUCAACUGCAACACGACGACCUCCCAAGUUAAGUUCGUCUCGUAGCACUCGACCCAAACCUUCAGAGCUUAAGCUUAGCAAGGACAAUAGCACUCGUGCAAGUUUAAAAGUUAGUGCCCGGUCACCUAUGGCUGAUUCUAGGACACCUCCAGAUUGCAGGACACCCCGAGCAGAGAUCGAGGAAGAGGAUGUGGCCAAGGCAAUUGGGCGCAAUCCUGGAAGAGGCGUGGCACGAAAUACCACAUUCCGUCUUCAAGAUUCUGGAAACCGAAAGGCAGAGAGUCCAGCUUUGCCCAAACUAGAAUCGCCAGCAGUGGAAGAACAAGGCAGUUCUGCAAAAGAAUCUAUUGAUGAUCAGUUGGAAGAGAAAAAAGCCCAGCUGAUCGAGGUUGCUCUGUCUGACCUGGCUGACGCCUCUGACUCUGGCGAGCCAAAAGCAGGACUGGGUUUUUUCUUCAAGGAUGAUCAGAAAGCAGCAGAUGAGCUUGCUAAGAAGCGUGCUGCAUUUUUGCUGAAGCAACAGAAGAAGGCUGAGGAGGCACGUCUUCGAAAGCAGCAGCUGGAGGCAGAAUCCGAGCUCAAACGAGAUGAGGCCAGGCGUAAAGCAGAGGAGGAGCGCAUGCGUAAGGAGGACGAAAAGGCACGCAGGGAGCUCAUCAAGCAGGAAUAUCUGCGCAGAAAGCAACAAGAACUAAUGGAGGAACAGGGAAUGGCCAAACCCCGUCCCCACCGCAGAAGGCCCCGCCCCAAAUCACUCCAUCGCGGCCAAUCCGGCACCUCCACCCCUGUAAGUUUAUGUGCUGCUCCAUCUGGCUCCUCUCUUUCAUUGGCAUCUGCUGUUACUGAAGCAGACAGCGUUACCUCUGGAGGAGGCUCACAGAGAGGUGGAGCUGAAUCAGUGGAGUCGUUUCCUAUGUUAAGCCGUAAUGCUAGCAGGAACAUGGAGAGAGAUUGGGAGAACGGUUCGACAGCUUCCUCCAUCACCUCUGCAGCAGAGUACAGUGGUCUAAGGCUGUUUAAGGAGCCCAGUGCUAAGUCCAAUAAGCUGAUCAUCCAAAAUGCUAUUGCCCAUUGCUGUCUGGCUGGCAAGGUCAACGAAGCCCAGAAGAAUGCUGUGUUAGAGGAAAUUGAGCGUUGUGAGGCCCAUCACCUGAUGAUCCUGUUCCGUGAUGGUGGCUGCCAGUUUCGAGCACUUUAUGCAUUCAUGCCUGACACUGAGGAGCUAACAAAGCUGUUGGGUACCGGCCCACGUGCCAUAACUAGAAAAAUGAUUGACACACUCUUCAAAUACAGCUCCGACCGCAAGCAGUUUACCAUCAUCCCGGCCAAGACGGUCUCCGCCAGUGUGGACGCCAUCACAAUCCACAAUCACCUGUGGCAGAUCAAACGACAUUGCUCCUCCAAGAGGAAAUGAAUAAUGCAUAUUUUACAUUCCUCUCUGCUCCAAAAUUAAGCUUCCCUACUGGUCAUCUCCCAUAAGCUUCUGGGUCAGUGUAGCUUCAUUCUCAAUGGCCCACCAGCUGCUUCAAUAAUAAUGUAUUACAGCUCAGGCAGCCGAGCAACUCCAAGUGGAAGUAAGGCGCACAUUUCUUGUGCAAUUAUUAGCUCUAGAAUCGUGCUUCCUUAUUGGCUGUGUUCUAUUAGCUACAGUUCCACUCUUUGUUUUCAUAAUGACUGCAGGUGAUGUAUGGGGUGUGUACGAUGGUUGUCCGGGUAGGUGGGCAUUACCAUCGAGCUAAGGUUUGUAAAAUAGAGUCGCGGAUGACACCAUGAUAUCACCGCGCUGCCUUGAUUUGCAUAUGGAACCCUUAACGCCACCCUUACUGGUCACAAGACUCUCAAAAUGAGAGUACACCAGGCUUGGAAAGGUAUGGGGCAUGUGUCUGAUAGAGUUAUGAAUUAAUAUGAAGGAUCUGUUUUACUUUGUUCAGUGUUUUUUUAACGGCAGGUAUUUCUGCAUGUGGCACUUUUUCAGUUCAGAAAGAGAUGGGUUCAGUUCUACAUGAGUGUUAUUUCACUUUGAACAUUCACACACAUGCGCACACACUCUUUUGACUUGGACAGAAAAGAGUGCUUGUCUGUGUGUUGGGUUUUCUGUUACCUCUCUGCUGCUGAUUAUUUUUCCACUAAUAAUGCUCACUAUAGCAAUGCACUAUGACCAGCGUUAUGUGCAAAACUGCAAAAGCACAUGACUAAGUGUGUGUGUGUGUGUGUGUGUGUGUGUGUGUGCUUUGCGGUAGUUAGUGUGGUUGGAUGCUGAAGUGAAGUCUGUACUGGCCUUCAUGGAUUAUUUUAAUCACAAUUUAAAAGCUUUUCUCAUGGGACAGGAAUGUAUUAUUCUUUGUUGUUUGAUUUGUCUCCCCUUCUCCUUUUAGUGUUCUCUGUUCUUCUGCAAUUCUUCACUGAGCAACAUGAUUGUCCUGGAAACACUAUGGUUAUGUUGAAUGUGUGUGUGUGUGUGUGUGUGUGUGCAGUUCUAUAUGUAUAGACUGUAAAGUUUACUUUUUCUUUCAUCAUUUUUUCCACUUAUUUAUUUAAAAGAGGAGCCCUGAAAAUUAAUA